CGGCGCCCAUGUUAUAAAGAGGGCAGAUCGGGCACAGGAUGAGAGGGGUAACAGCUAUGUGCCUGGCACAGCUCCACGGCAAAGUCACGGGGCAACUUGUGGCCUGUCGGGUUCUGCAGAUGUGCCGGAGGCACCCGGAGCAAUGGCCUUUAUUUCAUCCACCCAGGCGCAAGUACGUGACGCAGCCCGCGAGCCUACGCCAAAGAGCCAAGCCCAAACCAGAGACGUUAGAGAGCGCAGCCCAAGAGGAGACCGUAUUGCAAGAAGUCAAAGCCAUAUCCGCCACUUUUCCUCUGCCCCCCAAAUUGUCCAAAGAUGAAACUGCUCAGGGACCCCCAGCGGAUAUCAAGCUACCUCCCUCAGCCAAUGAGGAACGGGGGUGGAGGGAGAUUAAAGUGGAUGUAGCUGCCCUACCGGGGGUCCUGGCGCGGCUCUCGAAGAUAAGGCUUACAGCCCUGGUGGUUAUAACUGCAUCAGCCGGAUAUGCCAUGGCCCCCGUGCCCUUUGACCCCACCUGCUUCCUGCUUGCGUCCGUUGGAACCGGUCUGGCUUCCUGCGCUGCCAAUUCCAUCAACCAGUUCUUCGAGGUGCCGUUUGAUUCCAACAUGAACAGGACAAAGAGCCGGCCGCUGGUGCGAGGGCAGAUAAGCCCGCUGAUGGCCACCUCCUUUGCCGCCGCCUGCGCUAUGCCAGGGGUCUCCUUGCUGACGCUGGCAGUUAACCCUCUGACGGGGGCCCUGGGGGCCUUUAAUAUCUUCCUGUAUACCUGCUGUUACACGCCCAUGAAGAGGCUGAGCAUUGCUAAUACCUGGGUGGGCGCGGUGGUGGGUGCCCUUCCGCCAGUCAUGGGCUGGACAGCGGCCACUGGGAGCCUGGAUGCAGGCGCCUUACUGUUGGGGGCCAUUCUCUACUCCUGGCAGUUUCCUCACUUUAACGCCUUGAGCUGGAACCUCCGAGAAGACUAUUCCCGCGGGGGCUACAGAAUGAUGUCUGUCACCCACCCACUCAUGUGCCGGCGAGUGGCCCUGCGCCACUGUCUGGCCCUCAUUGGCCUAUCCACCCUCGCGCCGGCUUUGGACGUGACCACCUGGACCUUCCCAAUCAUAUCGCUUCCCAUUAACUUGUACAUCUCCUACCUGGGCUACCGCUUCUACAAGGACGCCGACCGUUCCAGCUCCAGGAAGCUCUUCUUCUGCAGCCUCUGGCACCUCCCCAUGCUCCUGCUCCUCAUGUUCACCUGCAAAAAGUCUGUGGUUGGCAAGAAAGAGAAGGAGGCCAUCUUGGAACCGAGCUGAACUGUUAUUGGCGAACGAUGAAGAACCUGCUGUGGGAGGAUUAUGGGCGAUAUCUUCCCACCACUAUCUCUUUACGGGUUCCAAGUUUGUAUUUUGCACUGAUACCAGUUUUAUUUGCCCCGAGCAACGGGGCAUCCAGGGAAGUCCUAUUUUGUUGAAGAACCUCAACCAAUGGACUGUAUUCUCUUGAAGGUGUGGGCGUGGCUUCUUUCUUCUGCCUAUCGGUUUAUUUAUUUUCAAUAUCAUGUAUAAGGCAUUGAGGCUAAUACCACCCUCUAAAGAUUUGUUAUUGCCCCCAAUGUCAUCUAAGUCCAGGGGGGCCCACCGGCUGCUUUAGCCAAGGUUUUGAUCAAGGAGACUUGGGGUGACUCGGGUCCCCAGGACACUUCCCAGCUAGGCCGAUUGUGAUAGGCUGCUGCCCUAUGCCAGUUUGGCCAGUCUCCAGUGCUUGGUUAUAGCCAGUGGUACAAAUAAAACAGAUUUGCCCCACGCAACGCACUCCGUUUUCGUUAACUGCCCAAAAGUCCGAGUUCUCUCUCCGGCCCGAAUACUGUAACGUCCAUAUACUGUCCCCCCUCUCACUGCUGCUUCUUCCAAUAAAAACUGAACAAUGA